UUAGCAUGAUAGUUUAAAUGCGAUGUGCGCGCAUUCUACGUUUAUCAUAUGACAACCUGUCAAAAGAAGCAUUUGAUAGUCCUAAUAUUUAAGAUUUAUUAGACUUAAAUAAGUUUACAAUCUGUCGCGUAGCUUAUCAUAGUGAAUAUUAAAGAUGACAGCAGAAUUAAGAAAAUUUCUUUAUGGACUUUUAAGUAGUGUGGAAGGACUUCAUAGUAUACUGAUAACAGAUAGGGAUGGAGUACCUGUCAUAUCUGUAACUGAUGAUACGACACCUGAAUUAGCUAUGAGAGCAAGUUUCUUAUCUACAUUUGGCAUGGCAACAGAUCAAGGAAGCAAACUGGGUUUAGGGAAAAAUAAAACAAUUAUAUGCAUGUAUAGUAGUUAUCAGGUAGUUCAGAUGAACAAAUUACCCUUAGUAAUAAGUUUUAUUGCAAGUCAUAAUUGUAAUACAGGCCAUAUCUUAUCUUUGGAAACUAAAAUUGAUCCAAUCCUAAGUAACUUAAAAAAUGCAGUAGUGGAAGCCUGAUGGUUACCUGUUGUGCAUUACGGGUGAUAAAUACCAAAAGUUUGCACUUAAAUUUGGUAAAAACUUGUAAUGAACAGAUGUUCUAUGAUGUUUUAAAUAAUGGUGGGGAUAUUUUUCCCUAAUUUAUAAGAAACUGGAGGGUUACAUUCUUUCAUAAUUGUGUUUUCUUUGAUUAGUUUCAAAAAACAUUUUAAAUAUCUGUCUAAAAAAAGGGAAGUAUCCUAAACCUUUUAUAAGAUAAUGCAAGAAAUAAAGAAGAAGAGGUAGAUAC